AUGGAAUCGCCUGUUGUUGUGGAUAAGCCACCUGAAUAUCACGGGAACGCUACAAAUGAGCGCGGUUUCCCAUUUGAUGAGGAAGAGGGUACGGGCGCGUGGAGCGAGCUCGCGGCGCGUCACCCGGACAUAGCGGCGCGGCUGAGGCAGCGCCCCGCCACCUGGGCCAGGAAGCGACGACCGUCCAGCCAGGACGGUGUAGACGAUACCAACGAUUUCGGAGGUUUCGACAGAUUCCCAUUCGACGACAUACCACCAGAGUUCAGAGAACACUUUCCGUCACAUUGGAAUAGAAGAUUCGGUUCACGAGAAGACCAAUUCCAACAGCCACAGUCCCCGCAGCCACAGCCACAGCCGCAAUCGCCGCAGCAGCAGACUGCGGCCACACAGACUGAUCACGACGCCGGGACUUCCCACGACGAACAAACUUUACCACAAUACGGUCUAAGAAACACAGUCGACUUAGGACAGAAAAGCCAAGUGGACCCCAGUGUGGUCGAUGCGGACGAAAGAUCACAUAGAUCUGUGUCAGCACCCCCUGACCAUCGCACAGUGAUUCCGAACACCACCAACAAAAUGAGUGGACAAAAUCACCAAGAACACCCUCACCAGCCCGAGCAACCAUCAAAUGUCAGACACAUACCUAUCUUUGUGGAAGGAAGAGACGAACCAGUGAUCAAUAAGAAUGUGGACCAUGGAGCUCAUUUCGCAGAGACGAAGCCCGCCUACGUGCCGCCACCGCAACCGCAUAUCGAUAGAGAACAAUAUUUCGCCGAUGACGGCCCUGGAACGUUUCCGUUCGCGAAAGGGUUUGAUAGACCUUUCUUCAGGCAAGGACCUCAGCCGUUUACCAAGCAGAAAAUGUACCCACAGGCGGCAGCGUUCACUCGAGGCGCGUCGCCACAACGGUCUCAGUCGCCCAAGCCACAAACGUAUCAUGAGCCGCCGAGGCCAGAAACUCCGUCCAGACAGCAGAAGCAACCUCCACAACAAAAGCAGCCCCCUCCACAACAGAGGCAACAACCACCGCCGCAACAACAACAACAUCAAGAACAACAUUCACCUCAGCCAAAGGCUCAAACGCCACCUCCGCCCCCGCCUCAGGCGCCCUCAGCAAACGACCCAAUUACUCAGAUCCUCAGUAUUCAAACCGAUGUCUUGAAUCUCAUGACAGAUGUCGAAAACUUCACUGGGACCAAAAAAGACAAAAGAUAUAUUUACCUAGAUGAGAUGUUAACCAGAAAUCUAAUUAAGUUAGACAAUAUCGAAACAGAUGGUAAAGAGAACAUACGGCAGGCGAGAAAGGAGGCAAUAAAAUGUAUCCAAAAAUGUAUAGCCGUGCUUGAAGCGAAGGCGGAAAGUAAUGCAGCCGCCACGUCUAAACCUCAAGAUGAAGAGAUGCAAAAUGAAAAUGCGAAACAGGCAGCUGACCAGACAAGUGUACAAAAUGGUGAUAUUGAAAUGAAAGAUACCAAAGAGGAAAAAGAAGAACAAUUGCAGGAACAGCAAGAACAGCUAGCUCCCGCACAAACUGAGGAGGAAAUGAAAGAAAAGCCUGAGGAUGUAAAGAAAGAGAAAUCUAAAUCUGUAGAGAAGGAAGCAGAACAACCGGCUGUAGCGGAAACACGGCCAGAAGAACCCAAAGGCCCGGAGGCGAUCUCAGAACUCAAACCCGAGCCUCAAAAGACAGAAACAGCUGAUAAAAAACAGAGCCCCAAGAAAGCUGUUAAGAAACGCGACAAGAGCAAAGAUAAGAAGGACGUCGCCAACGAGACCAAAAAAGAGGAACCGAAAGAUAGCAAAGACGAGAAAAAAGAUGUAGAUAAAAAUGUAGCAAACGAAAAUGUAAAUAAAAAUGAAACUAAAGAUAAACAAGAGAUUGUAGAUAAUAAAGAGAAAACAGAAGAGGUAAUGCAAAUCGACGCAAACGCAAAGGGGGAGGUGAAGGAGACGCAGGCAAUGGAGGUGGACGGCGGUGCUAGUCAA